UUGAACUUCGUUUAAUCCUUAUUUGACCAUCAAUUUACUAUUAUUUAGGCUAUUUCUUUAUAAUUUUAAUAUAAGAUUAUUUUAUAAUUUUGAUAUACUAUUGUUAUAAUUGCUUUGAAAAUUUUCUAAAAAUUCCUUAAUACUUUAAAACCACUAAUUACACUCAUAUUCAUGUAUAGAAAUUACAAUUAUAUAUGUGAAUAUUGAUUUUAUAUUUUUGGAAGGUUUUUAUUUUAAUUUUAUUUUCCUCAACACCACUACACAUUUUAUCAAAUAUGAUUAUUUUAUCAUUAUUUUUUUAAAAUUCUACUACUAUGUUGAAUAUUAUGUUAUAAUAAAUGUCAUUUGUAAUUUUGGCUAAAUUCGCCAACAAGCUUCUUCAUCUAAAUAAACACACCUGUGUCCCUAUCAUUGAUGGAAUUAACUCUCGAACGACUUCUAACUUUCUCUAUUUUAACAAAAGAUUUAGUAGUAAUAAUAAUGUUCAACAGGAUGACUUGGAUAAAAAUAAAAAUUUCCCUAAUGUUGGAUAUAAAUCAUGCGAUUUGGUUAAAAACAAUGAUUUAAGUUUAACAUCACGGUUUUUAAUAAAUAAAUUAAAAUUUAACCAUUUUGACAAUUUUCAAUCUCAAAUCUUCCAGCACAUUAUAUCCCAAGGAUAUUCCCAAAAUUCUUUACACAGUUCUCGUACCGAAACUGGUAAACAUGUAAGUAACACUGAUUCAAAUGACAAAAAUGACAAAAACUCUGUAUUAUAUGUAGUUGGUAAAAGUAAUAGCGGGAAAACCAGUUCCUAUUUGUUAGCUUUGAAUGAGUUAAUAAAUAACUCACAAUCUCCAUAUUACUAUAUGUAUAGGGAUAAUCACAGGCACAAAAUGAUAUUAUAUAGUAAUUUGAGGGGCAGAAGGCUUCCUAAACCCCCGGGUUCAAGACGUAUAAAUGGAAUUCCAAGAUUAAACCCUAAUUGUUUUACUGUCCCUUUAGCUAUAAUAUUAGUACCAUUUCGCGAGUUAGGGCAGAAUAUCCUCAAAACUUGUGAUAAAAUGGGUAUUCGAUCGAGAUUAAUUACCGGCGGUUUCGGUUACAAAUUGGUACCUAAAAGUUCUAAGACUUACUCUGGAGACUUGGGUAACAUUGACGUAUUAAUAACUACGCCUGAGAUGUUAUUGAGAGUUAUAAAUGGCGAGUAUGAAGACUUGAGAUUGGAUGUUAAGUAUCUCAAGUUUAUGAUAUUUGAGGAGUCUGACUUAUUGGUUGAGGAGAUGUACUUGCCUAAAAUCAAUGAGAUACAUAAUUUACUUUUGAAUAAUAACUUGGAUUUGGUGUACGUUUCAAGGUUUAAAUCGUCUGUUCUAACUGAGCAUGUAAACGCCUUAGGCUCUCCAACCUUAUUAGAGAAGGAAGAAGCUGCUGACUUGGACCAUUUUAGGAAAAUAUUUGUCUACACAUCUUCAAAUGAUAGGUUGGAAGUUCUAAUUGACUUAAUUAAUGAAAUCACACACAACAACUUACAAAAAACUAAAAUUGUCAUCUUUUCAAAUACCAUCAAUUGCAACAAGUUUUUGAAGUAUUCAUUGUUGGACAGAGGAUAUAAAAUUAGUAACUUGUUUGGGGGUAUGAAUUAUGAGGAACGUACGGAGAAUUUGCGCAGUUUUGAAUCCGAAGCUGACAUUCUCAUCACUACAAACUUCGCUUCAAGGUUCAAAUUUAACUGCACAAUCAAUAACGUAAUCCUCUUCAACUUCCCCAACAAUAUUCAACAAUUCAUCCAUUACACUACUUCUUUCACUCACAACUCAAACAACAGAAUGUACAUAUUGUUUAAUAAUAAGAAUAUUGGAUUAUUGAAAGAGAUGAUAAGUUUGUCGAGCAAUUUGAGCGGGUUUGAGUAUCGCAAUUUAACUCCGAAACUGUCCAAAAAGCUUUCAUUACACCAGAAAUCACUCCUUAAACCUACCGUUACAAGCAUAAAAGUUGGUAAAAGGAAGAUCAAGUUAACGAGUAAGAAAAACAUUUUAUCACCAAAGAAUAAGAAAAUUAUGAAGAAAUUCUAUUUGAGGGCCAAGGCUGCUAAAAAAGUUGAAUUUUUAAGGAAGAGAGGAAUUCUUAAGAAAACGCAAACCCUUCCAAAGAUGUGUGACAGGAAUGUGGAGAUGUCAGACAGUCAGGAGUAUUUGAGAAUGGAAAGAACACCAGAUGGGUUUUUACAAAUAAUACCAAAGAGAAGGUCGAGGAUUAGGAACUACGAAGAGCCUGAUUCUCUGGACUCUAAGGUCAUUCAAACAAAUAUUACUUAUGAACCGGGGAAUUUAAAACAUCACAAAAAUACACAUUUUUAAU